AUGUCUACUCUAUCUAAUAAGCCUGUGCCUGCACCUCACCAAAACAUAUCUUCCGACAAACUGAGUUUGGCCUUAAGACUACAUGGUGUCCUAAAGGAGGCCAUCACAGAAAUGAUAGACUUCUUUUGUGCUCUUCUUCGCUGGGUGAUUGAAACACAGCAGCCUUUUACAGUUGUUGAACAUCCUACAUGGAAAGAACUCCUUAAGAGUCUAAAUGCCAACUAUCCUAUCAAAACUGCAGAUACUCUUCGAAAUCAAUUUAAAGAGAUUAAUGGAUUGCACUCUGGCGAAAAUCUGUCUACAAUUGUCAAAAGUGUACUUGAAGCGUUUCAAAUCGAAUAUAAGCUUCUAACAAUCACCAGAGAUAAUGCUAGAAACAAUCUAACACUCUACGAUUAUCUUCAUGCAGACCUGUUAAAAGAUUUUAACAAGGAAGAUAGUCUAUUCCGCAUGAAACCACUUAUGCGGUUCCAGGGUCGGAAUAGCUUCAUUGGAUGUCUUGCACAUAUACUGAAUCUUAUCUGUAAGGAUAUUCUGGUAUCCUUAAAGACCGGUACAGUCCGUGAUGCACAUGUUAUACUUAAUGAGAUGCCAUCACAGAAGGAUCAUUCACCUGAAACACUGAUUUCAAUGAAAGGUGCUAUUGUUAAGAUCCGUCUUUUAGCCUUAUGGAUUAGUAACAGCCCCCAGCGAAGGCAGGCAUGGAAGGAUAUCUCUCCCUAUAAGCAAAUUAAUUAUGAUAUUAACACUCACUGGAAUUCAACAUACAAUAUAGUCUCUAAAGCUCUUCAACUUCGAAAAGAAGUCACUCAAUUUAUUCGUGAACAUCCAGACAUUCAAGAAAUGCAACCAACAGAUAGUGACUGGUCAACACUAAGACAAAUUCAGAAGGUCCUGAAGCCAUUCUGGGACCAUACCAACUCUGUCUCGAAACAUUGCCUAAGCAUCACUAAAAGCCUUCCAAUAUACUGGAGUCUUAAUGAUAUUCUUGACGAUAUCAAAAAUAACAAAGACGACUUUCAAGAGAUUACUAAGGAGGUUCAAAAUGCUGUUGAAGGAGGAAUCCGGAAAAUGGAUAAAUUCACCAAGAAGAUGGAUUCUAAUAUUAUCUAUUACAUGGCUGCCAUUCUUGAUCCACGGGUUAAGACCUCCUUUAUCCAAGCUCAAAUGAGCAAGUCUGAUGCAGAUGUGAUUAUUUCUAAUAUACAUAAAUAUCUUAAGAAACAAUAUCCUGCAAGCCCUACCUCUUCCUCUAGCGCAGAGCGUCCACCAGGUAUGCCAGGGACAUUAUGGAAAAAGCUCAAAAAAAUCCAGCCUCUGCAAUCUGCAGACAUAAUAUCAGACAUUGAUUGGUACCUAGAUUCAAGCCCCGAGAUGUGGUCUCAUGGUAUAAUAGAAGAUGGGGAUCCUGACUGGAUAUUGAAAUGGUGGAAAGCAAAUGCCUUUAACUACCCCCUAAUGUCGAAAGCUAUACAAGACUAUCUUCCUAUUCUGUCUGCUGAAGUAGGCGUUAAGAGAUUGUUUAGUAACGCAUGA